CUGGGGAAGUGCGUUUACAAUGCUUGAGAUGCAAAUGUAAGCAUAACUUUAAUGUUUUCAUUGAAAAAUGGAGAUUUUACAAUUUUGUGCUUUAAAUACUUAAAAAUGUAUGUAUCUGUUUUGAAAGUUGAACAAUAAGUAUGUCACAAUCAAGCCAUGUACUCGUAUAUUCAUUAACGAGACAAGCCACUACCAGAGGCCGCUGAGGAUUGUUGAGUGCACAAUCAAAGAUGGCAGCGGAAACUGGGAUACCCUCUGUUUAUUUGGAGCACCAAUUAUCGCAUGGACGAGCUGCAAAAAGAACUCAAGAAUCUUUUAUUGACAGACUGAAACAUAAAAAUUCUCAGAACCGUUCUUGGAAUGACAGCAUCAAAAUAGUGAAAAGCUCUGUAGCAGAGCUUCGACAACAGCCAGAUGUAAUAGAAGAUGCUAGCGUACAGAAGUGUCUAGAUACAAUACAGAAAGCCAUGAAAGUAAUUUCUCAGCAAACUUUAAAGGAGAGGCUGGAUUCAAUAGGGCGUCAGUUGGGUAUGAGCACAAGUAUUCAGGAACAAAAAGUAUCUUUAAGUUCGGAUGCCUUUCAUGUGGAUGUGUUACUAGAUGGAGACAACAUAACUAGUGUAAAAUUAGCUAAUCAAGGAGAUGUAGUUGAUUGUCCUGAUCUAAAGGAUAUUUUAAGAAAAGGAGAUUUCUCAGAAUUCAUCGAGCACUUACAAGGUCUUCAGAGCAUAUAUCAAGUCACGAAUGAUGAGAAGCUGAAAUCAAAAGCUUUUUUGGCCCUUCAAGCUUUAGAAAAAGAUUUAAAUCAGCUAUCUCAAUUCCAAAGUUCAAUUAGUGGAGUAGCCAAUUAUAUUCAUAAAUGUCCUCUGGGAAUAAUGCUGCCACGUCUUGCAGGCAAACCCAUGAAGCUCAUAUACUUUGUAUCACCCUAUGAUCUCUUGGACAAGAAGUCAUUGACAGCACAUCCUUUGACUGUUGAAGCCAUAACAGAAAACUUCUUAGGUCAAAGUGUCACUGUCUGUUUAGAGCCUGUUCCAGAUUCAGCUUCUCCAAAUAAGUUACAGACUAUGCCACUUAUGAAUGUCAGCAAAACUCAGGAAGGAAAAAGCCUUCCAUCAUUUUCUGCUGUGACCAAGAUCAACAGUAUGAUGUUGCCUGCUAGUUUUGUUCUUGUCCUACCUCAGCCUUUACCUAUAUCCAUGCAGCUGCUGCAGAAAAUCACCAUGCUUACUAAUUUAGAAAUCCAUCAAGUUACAGAGUGUAAAAGUUUGUGUUCACUUGUAUUAGAGACUUAUUCAGAUGGCAAAAUACAAGAUUGCAGGAAAUUGUUUGUGUCUUUGCCAGAUCAGCGUCACAUUUACUUUCUGGAUGGAUUGAAUGGGGUGUCUCAAGAUUUACAGGGAGUGAUGGUAUCUCGCAUUCCUUUUACCCAUCCUACACAUGUGCCACAGAUAUUGAACCUAUUGAGACAGCAACUUUUAUUUAACAUAGUUUUGUCUAGUUGUAUAAGACCUGCUUCCAAAAAAGAAGUAUUAAAUACAAUUGUUUUUGAAGUCACAACUGUGUCCCUUCAACAACUGACUAUAGUUUUUGAACAUCCUGCCUAUGACUCUAUGAUAACAGUGGAUAUUGAUCUUACUGACAUCACCAACCUCAAGUGCCACAUUACUUGCACUAACCAUGAACAUACAUUAUGUACUGACGAUGCCCUAUCUAAAGUGUUUCAGAGGUGCAUGUCCAUCCCAAUAAUGCUGCGAUGGCUUGUUGGGAUUGGUCGCCAUCAUUUGGAUAAGCUAAAAGAAGCAGCAGCACUGGCAGCCGAAAAAGAGAAAAAUGACAACGCCUUAUUUCUGAAAGAAUUGAAGCAGCGGCAAGCAAAGCUUCAAGCCACAAUGCCUACAAAAGGCAGGCCUCCACCGCAACCUCCGCAUCCCACUCUUCCGCCUCCGCCUAGUUACACUCAAAUUCAUUAUUCAGUGGCUCCAACUCACAGUCACAUGAGCAGUAAUGGACAGUCUCAAAUGGUGCCAAUGUUGUUAGACAGUAGAACUGCUACUGAAGGGAUGGAGGAUUAUAGGAAUUUCAGUGACAAUAACUUACAUCGGGCCAAUAAUUCUAUUCUGUUGUCUCCCGGCCCAGACAAACCUCAUAACCCUCUGUUAUCUACAUUAUUGGAAGAUAAACUGCCUGGUGGGGGUGGACAGCCUGAGGUGCAUGACAGCCCUAUGUUGUCUCGACUCCUAGAUGAUAACAUAUCAGUGGCUACCAAUGUUAUACCCAUGACCUGUAAACCUAAUCAACCACUUAUAGGUGGCAAACGUCAACGCAAGAGAAAAUCUCAGUCAGAAAUGAGUGGCCCCAGUCCCAAACAUAGAUUUGGUGACAGUGACUCUUCAGAUCGCAUGAACCCAAUGGGGAGCUCUAUGGAUCUGGACAUGGGGCCAGGUCUAAUGAGCCAGGGCCUGUCCUCCACACCUCCUAUAAUGAGUUCCAUGCAGUCAAACCUUGGGUCUUCAACUCAUUUACUCCACCAUCAUCCGCAUUCAUCGCUCAACCAUGCUGCCAGUUUAUCUCGUUCACAAGGAAAUGUGAUAGAUCUCACAGAAGAUAGUAUAUCUGCAGAAUCCAGUUUAAAAAAAUUAGUUGACAGUGUAGAUAAGCAUUUUCCUCAUAAAGAUCAAGAUUUAAUGAUGUUUGAUUCUGAGGCAUCAAACAGAAUUCCUAAUAUGUUACAAAAUUCUCCAUCGGGCUCAAAAAACGAGAACGCCUCUACCUCUCUUGAGGUUUACCUCAAAGGGUCGGGAGAGGUAGGCAGGGCUAAGGACUUCGACCCAAGUGAUGUUUCCACUGUCCAUGUUUCCAAGUUAAGCACGUUGCUGCUAGCACCUUCGGACAGUCCAACAUCAACUCUUAAUGCAUCAUCACAUAAAGCUAACUCCAGUUUCUUUAGUGAUGGGCAGCUCACAAGUGAUAAUAGAAUUAUUUCAUUGAUGCAGGACAUAAAACCGCAUCAAGGAUGUUUGCUAGAUGGGCAAUGCUCAAAUCCAGAGCACCCUAAUGACAAACAAAAUGUGGGCAUAUUUGAAAAAUUUGACAGGGCAAGACAGCAGCAGGUUGGUAAAGUAGAGCUAAGCAGUGCUGAAAUUAAGUCUGCCCCCUCUGAAGGGAAAGUUUCUUUAAAACUUCGAGUGGGACCUUUAAAACAACAAAACAGUGUCAAGCCAGUUGUGAAAUCUGCGGAUAAAUCAAACUUAAAAUCUAAUAGUAUAACAACGUUUGAUUUCAAAAGUGAUGAGGAUGAAGAUGAAACACUGUUGCAUUAUUCAGACAGUGUAUAUUCGUCUUCACCAACAAGGCUACAGAUUUCAUCAGGUAAGCAUAAACGUUCUAGUGAUGCAUCUAUUUCUCUAAAGACUGAUAAAGUAAAGAAAAAAGAUAGAAAUUCAAGUAGUACAACUAAAAGAAAGAGAGAAAAAGAAGACUCUAAACGUGAAAAAAAAAGGAAAAAAAAUGAACAUAUUAUUCAAGAGUCUGUAUACAGAACUGUUGAAAAUGACUCUAAAACUGAUUUUAAAUUAAAAAUCAGGGUAGCAAAAAAACCUGUGACUGAGAAGCAUGAUCAGUUAUAUGAUGGUAAAAUUCAACAAAGUUAUGAAAUUUCUAAGAAAUCUUCAUCUAGUCCGGUGGAAAAGAUAAUUUCCAAUAAACAGGAAGUUAAAGAAGCUAGUUCUUUAUUAGGAGAAAAUGUGAAAGUAAAAGAUGUUAAUGCAUCUGUGCAUCUUCAUAAGUCAGGCUCCAUGACCAGUGUUAAACCUGGCACUAUCGCAACUAACACUCAUAAACCCUCUAUUAAGUCCCUCAGCUCUAAGCCAUCUCAGGUCAGUGAUAAUAAAACUGACACAAAACUUGUCUCCAAAGCAACAAUUAGAUUGAAGCCAUUAAAUAUGCCAAACUCAGGUUCAACUGUAAAUGUAAAUAUUAGCCAAUCGGGGUCUAAGACUUCUAGUACAACACUUGCCAAUUCAAGUAAAAGUGAUCGUCGCAGUUCUACCUCUGCAGCACAGCCUGCCACAGAUAAACGCUCUGCUGCUCAUAAUACACUGUUAGAGCGAAGGGGCUCCACAUCAGGAUUAGUAGAACGUAGAAAUUCAUUACAAUCUUCAUCCUCUGCAACAUCAUCAACAGCAGCAAACACUACUAGCACUUCAGUCAAUUCUUCUCCUGUAACCACUUCUGCUAAUCUGUCUUUGUCCAGCAUUUUGCCAAAUGCUCCAACUGGUAGCAAAAUAGCCAGUCUGCCAAGAAUUCCAAAACUGCCUUCCUCGUCCAACACAUUGAUUAAUCGAACUUCUAGUUUGGAUCCCAUUACUGAUACAAGUCUUACACCACAAGGAACAAAAGCUAACAACAGCUAUAAUACUGGACCAGCAGGAAGGGUGAAUUCUAGUCAAGGUACAGCUGCUGGUAGACCUUCAGCCAAUAACAAUGCAGCUUUUAAUUACAAUAGGCAGAAUUUUAAUGUUAAUAGGAUGCAAAGUGCUAAUCGUCAAACUAGCCCUGGUGUAAAUGCUGGGCAAAUAAGCCAACAGAGGGCUGGAAAUAUUCGACCACAUCAUCCUUCUGGCAGUAGCACUCAAGGCAGUAGUGCUGGGCAGAAGCAAAGCUCAAAUAGUCACAAAACCGGUAGCAGUGCUAAUUCAAAAUCUAACAAUAAUCCUAAUGCCUCUCCUAAAACUGGAACUACAAAAAUAAAUAUUAGUGGAAGUAGUACAAAACUAGGACAUUCAAACCUUAGUACAGGACAAAAAUCUGUGACUAGUGGAGCCAAUGCAGUCAGUGGACAGAGGCAAUCAUCUCAUGGAAACAUUCAGAGGACACCUUCAAACUCUUCUAAUGUUAGUAGGUCUCCAAAUACUUCCAGCUUAACAAAAUCUCCCAGCUCAGGUAAAUCUCCUAACCUAAGCAGUGCUGGCAGGUCACCAAGUCUUAGUACUGCUAGCAAGUCUCCCAAUAUUACUUCAGGUGUGAAUAAAUCACCUAAUAUUAGUUCAGGUGUGAAUAGAUCUCCAAAUAUUAGUUCUGGUAAGUCUCCCAACAUUAAUGCCAGCAAGUCUCCAAACUUGACCAACCAUUCAAGCCGUCCUUCUCCUUCUAGCAAGUCUGUGCAUAUCUCAAGUUCUCAUAAACAAUCAGCCAACAUGAGCAAAUCUUCCAAUUUAUCAAAGGGAACAUCUAAUGUCAUGAAAACUCCUAACUCCAGCAUUAACAAUGUUUUGGGCAGCAGUAAGAGUUCACAUAACAAAGCUGUAAAUAAAACCAUUGUGCCAACUUCAAAUAAUCAAAUCAGUAAAACGAUUUCACUCCCCAGUGUAUGUGGCACCACAACUGUGACUAAUGCUAUCAGCUCUGCCACAGGGGAUAAUUUGUCUAGUCCAGGUGCUCUGAAGUCUUUACUUUCACAUUCAUCCCAUAGCAACAGUGCUCCUCUUUUAGCAUCACCGGGCUUGGUGACAGAAAACUUGUUGGUGAAGUCUGUGCGUGAACAAGUUGAACACAGCAAUAAUUUCAAGGACGGCAAUGAUAUAAAUAACAUUUGUAUUCCAGAUAAACUAUCUAGGUCUACCUCUAGCACGCCAACAACGCCUAUGAGUGCAGAUAGUUGUAAAACUAAAUUUCCAUUUCCUUCUUCAAGGGGGCGUAAAAACUCACUUUCUGCUAUCGUUGAUAAACUGAAGCAUAAUGCUGUUGGAGGUGGUUUAGACCUAUUAGUAGCACCUUCUGAAGGAUUUAAAGCGAGUUUGAGUACAGAUAGUACAAAACUUCAAACUGAUUCUUCUUCUGAGAUACUCAGACUGGAGGAAAAUAAAAUGCUUGAUGCUUCAGACACUAUUGAAGGUGCAGAGCUCAUUAAUAAUUUGGAAGGCAGAGUUAAUCAUGCUAUUGACUCAUUAACAAAAACGAAUGAUUUUCUUGGAGAAAAAUCUACUUCUGAGUAUACAAAAGCUUUACUCUUAGACACUGAAGGUAGUAAUAAGUAUUUUAAAACUCUUGAAGACAAAACUAAAGACUUUGUUAAAUUGACAGAUACCAAUCUUUCUAUGGAUUUAAAUAUUGCAAGGGAAAAGAAUAAAUCAGACUUUGCUACAUCCAACUCUGUUCCUUUAAAAAAUAUAAAUGUGGAAAAUAAAAAAUUGAACAUUAAGAAUAAAGACAAACCAUCACCUUUGAGAAUUCUACCAACUCCAUCAUCACCAGUUGUUCAGUCACCUGUUUCAGGAAAGUUAUCACCUUCAGUUUCACCAUUCCAUACUCCUAACUCCUCACCAUCUAAUACUCCUAGUGUUAAAAGUGCAAGAGUUCAUAAGGACACAGAAGAACAGAUUUUUAAAAUUCCGUCAGUUAAACCUGCUCCUGAUCAAUUAGAAGAUUCAUCUGAUACCAUUGGCCAUUUAGCAAAUGCUAAAAAUGGUAAACUUGAUGUUCCUGACCAUACUAGUGGCUCAGCCAGAGACAAUCAGGAUCAAAAAGUUAGUCAGGAGCAGAGUAAUACAAAACAUUCUUCUGUGAAAGUUCUUUCUAGUCCCUUAAGUGACAUAAGUAGUCCUGAAAAUGGUUUGGUGAUUGAUGAUGAGGAAUCCUCUGGCUUUACUUUCAGGUCAGGUACAGAGAAAAGUUCUUUGAAUAACAUGCUAAUGAAAACACAGUUAUACUCCUCACAAGUGGACAAGAAUGUAUUGAAUAGUGUGUUAUUAAAACCACAAUUGUCUCCUCACAUUUCCAAAGAUGAAGUAGCCAACAGCAUUAGCCAGAUCCAUGGAGAUAAAUCAAGCAGUCCCAUGAAUAAUUUGGAAGGGGUGUCAAUACCAGGUCGCUUACCAUCCGCCAGAUCACCAGCCCUUGCCAAGAACCCUUCAGGUGCAUCAACACCCAAACGCUCUGAUUCCCCUUGUGAAAUUGAUGAUGAUUUAAUGGAUGAAGCUUUAGGAUUUGGUAGCUGAUAUGAGCUUUAGUUAAAGCAAUGUAAUUAUCGCCUUCAAAUUGUAAAUGCCAUCCCCUUUCCUGAUUUGUGUGGAAUAUUUUCUUUCAUUGUCUUAUCUGUUUGUUAUUCUAAUAUAUACAUUAAAAGAUUUUAUUUUAAAGAUUUUUUUUUAUGAGUGGGAUGUAUUUUUAGCUAUGUAUACAGUUGGAGCUAUGUGUUGAAUUUUAGCAUUUUGUUGCUAAAUGCUAAAUGUAUAUCAUAAAGAAUACUUCUGAAGUAGCACCCAAAACCAAUUCAUCACAAGUGCCAUUAUGAGUAUCGCUGUAGCAUUUAACCAACAUCCAAGUUCAGCCACGUGAAAGUCAUCUCUGUCACAUAUGCAUUUUUCUGGCCCAAUGAGUCAUGUAUUUUCCCUAUGUCCAUAGCCUGUAAAUAGCUGGCAAUUUGUGUACUUUAUUGUAUUCUUUUUUUUUUUUAAUUUGGUUUGAUAACCAUCUUCAAACUUGAAAAAAGAAAAAAAGAUCACAGGUCUAAGUCGCUGUACAGUAUUUAUGUGUAUAUAAUACAUAGAUUUUUUCUCUCUAGCUCUCUGCCAUUUGAUUAAAUUAUGACUGUGUUGUACUAUUGGUUCAGGUUCUUGUUUUCUGUGUACACUAGUGACUCCAAUGAACUAGCUCUGUGGAUGACUAGCCUCCACUGCUUGACAUUUAUCUGCUGGUCUCUCAAACCAUUUUCUUUUGGUUCAUUGAGCUUUACCCAUUUUUCUUUAUUCCUGUGUAGAUUUUGUUCAUGAUAAGAAUUUUUUUUUAUUUAAGUAUUUCCAGUCAUGUGAUACUUAUUGUGAUGUUUACUAAUGUUACUAUUUUUAACCGCUAGAGUUUUAACUCAUGGACUCCAUCAUUCUUGUCAUUUGUGUCAUCCUCCUUUAAAUUGUACAUUUCCUCUCUGUUAAUAUCUUGACUUUUUUAAAGUGACUAUAAAUAUAAAAAGUCUUAUUUUUUCUGCUGUUUCCAAGAAAUUAAAUAUUUUAUUAAGUCUGUAAUUUUUUUAUUUUUUUUUGCUUGCUAACUAUGUGUUACAAAAAUUAGUGUGUUCAACUAAAUGAUAUGCAGUGAAAAAGUUAAUCAUAAACUGUCCAGGAAGUUCAACUGAAUUAGAAAUGUGGGUGUUUAAAAAAAGAUAUCUUAUUAGAUGGGUACUUUUAUUCACCUAUCAACAAGGAAAUAAAAACAUAGCUUUAGUUUUGUACAAGUUUUUUUUUUUUUUUCAUUUUUUCAUUUAUUAAGCUGUCUAUUUUUUUCUUAGUGCUGAUAAAGAUAAUUGGUUUGCAUAAUUAUUGGCUGUAAUAUCUCUGUUGUCAUUUUUUUAAUACAUUUCUUCAGUAAGAUGUAGGUGACUAAGGUGGCAUAAGUUGUUGUUGUUGUUUUUUUUUUUUACAGCUUUUUUUUUUUUAUGUCUUCCAUGCUCAAUAUUUUCAAAUAAUUUUAAGACAAGUAUAUUUUUAUGAUAACAGCAGUUUAAUCAAAUAUACCAAAUUUAUAUAUUUUAUCAAAUUAAAAAAAAACCCACUGAAGUUCUUUAAAAAAAAAAGCUGUUAAUGUCUUCAUGAAGACAAAUCAUUUUAAUCAUUGUAGCCUUUUUUAAAAAAAUUACAUUUCAUUGUUUUAGCUUGCUGUUUAGAAGUAUAUAUAUAUAUAUAUAUUAAUAUUGUUACCGGUACUAAAAUGUCAUCUUUGGUUAUUUAAAAAAAAUUGUUUCCUUCUGGAAGUGCAAAUCUUUUUGUCUUACUCUUCCUUUUUUUUUCCCAGCUAAUUUGUUCUUCUGUACAGAAGGUCAGCUGGACUGUAGUUUCUCAAGGGCUACUGUCUCCCAUAUUUGUUUUUGUCUUUAGCUACAAGAAAAAAACGGGGGUGGGGAGGCAAAGCAAGUUUGACUGCUUGUGUUAGACAUUGGUCCUAGUUGAUAUAGUAAACACUUCAUACUAAAUUAGAAGAGAUACAUUCUUCUCUUAUCUAGGCUUUGGAAGAUUUGAUAUUGACCAAAACUUUAUACAAAACAUAUGUUUGUAUGCUGCUUCAUUUAAACAAAAAAGAAUGCUUUAACUUACACCUGAAAAGAUAUGGUACUGCUAGAUGGAUUUAGAACACACACACACAAAAGUAAUAUUUGUUAAAGUUUUGUACUUUUGACAGUCGUUUACCAUCUCAUUUCUUUUGUACUAAUGAAAGUAAAUAACACUGGAUUUCCAUCGAUUCAUCUUGCUAAAUGUAUAUUGUGAUAUCAGUUAAUAGCUGACAGCUUAACAAACUGGUAGUAAAUAUAUAUAUAUAUAUAGCAUAAAACUUGUUGGAUAAAACGAACAGCAAGCAUUAUUUUUUUCAUCAAAUGUAGUGUUUAUAUUUGAUUUUCCAUGAGAGCUGCAGUGUUGGUGCAAAUGAAAACUUGAAUCAUACCCUGAAAGAUACUGUGAAUAAACUUUUUGCUCAUCUAUUUAAGUUCCAACUGAAAAUCACACAGCACACACACACAAUAUAUAUAUAUAUAUAUAUAUGCUACCAUGUUGUAGGUAUGUAUGAAGAGCUCAGACUAAAUGCUCCUUUAUUUUGGUCAGUGCUGAAAUCAAAGGGCUUCUCUUGCCUGCACCCAGACUCUGGAACUGAAUGCCAUCUAGUGAUAUUUGCUACAGCUGCCCAAUAAGCUCAUUGUGUGUCAGUGUGUUAGUUCUAGAUCGUUGCCAAACUAUAGUAUCUCUUGCAUAUUAGCCAAAUUAACUGCUUUGCUUGAUUGAUUUUUAUGAGUCCAACUGACCUAACGGCAUGACUUGUACAGAUGUAUACACAUAUUUCAUUACAUCCCUUAUUGAACCAAGACAUAAUAUGACUUACAGGUUAUCUUAUUUCCAACUAACUUCAAUCAUAUCAAAGCAUACAUAUUAGCAAUGCUUAGGAUUCCAAGCUUGCUUUAAAAUUAAUUUUUUUUUAAAUAUAAAGGUAACCUUUUUUACAUUAAAUUUUUCAUGGCAUUUGAGUUUAUAAAUUGCAAUUAUUCCAGCACAAUAAAUUUCAGUAGCUUAGUCAAAGUAGUGUAGAUGUGAGAUUGUAGAUUUUUUUAAUUGCCAUUUUAUUACUGCUCCCAAUUUAAAAGAAAAAAAAGAAAAAAGCAUUAUUAAAUACUUUGUGUCAAGUUUAUUUUCUUAUUAAUGAAAUGAUUGGUCUAUACAUAUUAUACAUCAUUUAUAUUUUUAGUUUACUGGAUAUUCUGUGUAAAUGUAUGCAUUUCAUGUAUUGAAAUCAGAGUUCGUGUCUUCAUAUGUGCUAUAAGAUAUUGUUUAAUAUAAAGUCAUAUUUGUGAAUAUUUAUAUUUGACUGUAAAUAUUGUAUAUUCUCAUCUUGUAAUGGAUAUUUUCAUUCCUUUGAAGAUAAAAACAUGAAAUAAAAUACACAUGUAAACCAAUAAUAUCUGUUGAUAUUGAAACAUAAAAUUUAUAAUAAAUUUUUCUAUGGCUACUUUAA